UAAAGAGUCGUUCGAAUCAGUUGUCUUUUAAAAAAAACAACUGACGAUGGGGAAAUUUUACGUCAUUUCCGUGCUGAUAGCUGCAUACAUUCUAUCAGUAUCAGGAAAUAUAAGGAGAAUACGUAGCAUUGACCUAUCUGCUACACAUUCGCUUGUAUCUGAGACAAAAUUACCUGGUGAAGUUAUUCCGAACAAUUAUACCCUUGACUUGAGACCCAAUGUUGAUGAAGCUACAUUUAAUGGAAAUAUCGUAAUUAUCAUUACUUUCCAAGAACCAACGAAUAAGGUUGUACUGCAUGCCUCACAUACACUAGAUGUUGCAGAAAAUGAGAUUAAAUUAAUUGACAUAGGAAUCGAUUCCAACUUAGAUCCUGAUAGAAAGUUUGUGAAUAACAAGGACAUAGAAAUCAGACGUAUUGAUAAGAUAAUGAAGAAAUCUUUAUUGGAAAUUUAUCUAAAGGAUACAGUCAAGCAAGGAACAGUUGCAAGAUUAGAAAUCUCCUUUAAUGGAAAAAUUUAUGAAAAUUCUGAAGGGAUCUUUAAAGGAAGUUACAUUGAUGGAUUGGACAAAAAGUUCUAUGUAGCAACUUCUAUGAGACCAAACAAUGCGAGAAGACUUUUCCCAUGCUUUGAUGAGCCAGCAUCAAAAGCACCAUUCCUUGUGUCCAUUUCCCGACCAAGAGGCUACAUAACGCUGUUUAAUACUCCUAUGUCAAGUUCCGAAGCCAUCGAUGAGAAUUUUAUUUUGGAUCACUUCCAAAUUACCCCACCAAUGAGCACAUUUGCUUUUGGAUUCUUGAUUUCACAAUUGACGGUUGUUGAGAAAACUGAUUAUUUACAAGACCCACACAUCAAAAAUGUUUGCAUUAAAGUUUAUGCUCGAUCCGAAUUACAUGCUGAUCUUAUAAAUACUAGAAUCCAUGAGAGAAUUGAAAAGACCUUCUUAGCGAUUCGAACAUAUUUUGGAGAGGACUAUCCAUUGACCAAAUUAGACAUUGUAGCUUUACCAAAUUAUUCCACUGUUAAGCCUGCUGAUAAUUGGGGCUUAAUACUUUACAAGGAAUCUGAACUUAAUCAAAACACAUAUUACUUGAUUGCUCAAGAACUUGCAUAUCAAUGGGUUGGAGCUUUGAUUUCUCCUUAUUGGUGGACCGACUUCCAUAUCAACAAGGCUAUUACAGGCUUUAUUGCUGCAAACACAGCACUCAAUUUGGACAAUGGAAGUGAAUUUGAUGGAAAGUGGCCCAUGACAAUUUUAUACUCAAUCUAUUAUGAAUUUUCUAAAAGAUAUCCACAUUCCCGAAUCACUGGUAUGAAGCAAGAGACAAUUUGCAGUAAAACAGAGUUGGUUUUGCGAAUGUUUAAUUACACAAUGGGCGUUGAAACAUUCAGAAAAGGCUUACAAAAGCUGUUCAUCAAUCGAAAAUACAAAACAUUCUUUACUGAAGAUGUUUGGACUUUAUUAACAGAACAGGUUCAUCGAGAUAAUAAAUUAGACGGAAGAGAUUCGAUUAAUGCAAUUGCUACAAGUUGGGUACAAAAGGAGCGACUUCCAGCUGUAACAGUUACAAGGAACUAUGAAAAGAGAACAGCAACAUUAAGUCAAAAAUUAUUCUUGAGAGAAAGACCACAUGACGUUCCUGAGCAAGAAAAGAUGUUAUGGUGGAUUCCUGUAAUCAUCGUAAAAGAAGAUAAGCUUGACUUUGAUGAUUUUGAACCUAUGAAAUGGAUGAAGAAGGAAAGACAAGUUGAGGUUUCUAAUAUGCCAGCAGCUGAUAAAUUUAUAAUCAUGAAUCCUGAAGAAAUUGGACCAUUCCCUGUUAAUUAUGAUGAAAGAAAUUGGAACAUGAUUGCUAAUUUCCUACAAACUGAAAAGAGAUUAUUGAUUCCAAUUAAUACACGUGCAAAGCUUCUGCAUGAUGCUUGGAAUUUGGCAUAUGCUGGUUCAUUGAGUUUUGCAACUGCUCUUAAUAUGACAUUAUUCAUGAAAAAUGAACGUGAACAUAUCGUAUGGAAUCCAGUUUUUACUAUGAUGGACCAUAUUGGAAAACACAUUGAUGACAUUCAAGCCGUUCAUCAAAAAUUUAACGUCUAUGUUGCACAAUUAUUGAUUCCAUUGUACGAAGAACUUACAAAGACAGAAGAAAAUGAGGAAAGAUGGAUGAAAAACUUGAGAACAUUAUCAAAGACAUUCUUGUGUCGUGCUGGCUAUAGACCAUGUAUUGAAGAGGCUCAAAAAGAGUUCAAAAAAUGGAUGGAAAUGGAAAAUCCAGAAGAAGGAAAUCCGGUAGCGAAUCAGUUUAUAUGCCCAGUAUUCAGAUACGGAACAAUGGAAGAAUGGGAGUUUGGUCUCAAGAGAGUUAUGAAUUUCCCAUCAGAGCGUCGACAAAGUGAGAGAACAUACUUGCUGAAAACAUUAGCUGGAUGUCCAAAUCAAAAUGAAAAGAUCCUUCGAUUGCUCAAUAUUACAAUUUUAGAAGGAAAUGAAAACUUUACAGAAAAUGAUAUCUUUUUAAUCUUCAGCAUGCUAUCAGGCAAUUCAGUCGGCUACUCAACAUUAUUUAAAUUUUUGGAACAAAACUGGGAUGCAAUUAAGAUCAAGUUUACAAACAAGACGAAUUUAUGGGACAGUUUGAUUAGUACUUCCUGUGGCAUUUUUACGACUCAACGUGGUUAUGAUAUGGUAUCAAAAUUGUAUAUCGCCAAACAGGGUGAAUUCGGAAGUGCUGAGCACAUUAUUGAAAAGUCUUUGAAAAAUAUUAAGGAGGAAGCUAAAUGGAGCAAAGAAAACCUUCCAAUCAUUGAAAAUUGGCUUGACUUGUAUUUUAAGAAUUCUGGCAAUUCUUAUAAAGAUAAGUUUGUCAUGUAAAGUAUUAAUC